GACAUCUGUUAUUGUGAGGUAAAGUCACAGAGUUGUCAGGUGAUCAAUGGCGCGUCAUCUGUUAGUUGUGUAUUUGUUUAGUUUUUUAAAUGUCUCGUUUGCUCAAAUCUUCUCUGCGCUGUAUGAUGAAAAAACCGCAAAUCUAAUCGUGACAGAAGGAUUUCACGCAAACUACGUCGCAGUCGCUAAUUUCACCGACGACAUUAAUAAAAGCGGUUGGUCGUAUCUUGAGGUCAGUACAUCUCUCAGUUAUAAUGACUCGUUACAAUCUUAUGCUGCUGGACUCGUGGAGUCUGCUGUCACAUCACAGCUCAUCUAUAAACACUGGAUGAACACACUGAUGGGAUAUUGUGGUCCAUUUACUCGUGAUCCAGAGUACUGUCAGCGACUCAAACAAUACAUUACCACGAACCUUCAGUGGAUCACACAACAGAUGAACGCACACAACGACUCUUCAUACUGGCAUCAGGUGCGUCUGUCUUUACUUCAGCUGAAGGGUUUGGAGGACGGUUAUAAUGGACAGGUGGAUUUUCCCACCGGAAACUUUUCCAUUGACCCGUUUGGCUUCUUACUGUUUCAGUUGGGUGGAGAUUUGGAGGAUCUGGAGGCUGCGUUGAAUAAAUCCAGUCAGGCUCGUACAGUCGGCUCUGGCUCGUGCUCCGCUCUGAUCAAACUCCUGCCGGGCAACAAGAAUUUACUGAUGUCACACGAUACCUGGAACACCUACCAGUCAAUGCUGAGGAUAUUAAAAAGAUAUAAUUUUGCCUACCGCACAUCUCCGACCGAGAAGAGCGUUAUACCUGGAAGAAUUCAGGCCUUUUCUUCUUAUCCUGGCAGUAUUUUCUCAGGCGAUGAUUUCUACAUCCUCAGCAGUGGUUUGGUUACUAUGGAAACCACAAUUGGCAACAGUAAUGAUGACCUGUGGAAAUUCGUGAAACCUCAAGAUGUCGUUAUGGAGUGGCUGAGAAACAUCGUAGCAAAUCGACUCGCUGAAAACGGACGAGAAUGGGCUGACAUCUUCAGCAGAUACAACAGCGGAACAUACAACAAUCAGUGGAUGAUAGUCGACUACAAACUCUUCGUCCCAGGAGAAGGACAAAUGAAACAAGGGCUUUUCACAGUCCUGGAGCAAAUACCUGGUAUGAUCGUAACGGCAGAUAAAACUGAGGAACUGUUUAAGUCGGGCUACUGGGCGAGCUACAACAUACCGUAUUUUGAGGAGGUCUUCAAUGCGAGCGGAGGUCAGGAGCUGGUUCAGAAAUACGGAUCCUGGUUUUCCUUUAGUGAAAAUCCAAGAGCGCAGAUUUUCCGCAGGAACCAAACUCUUGUUACUGACAUUGAGUCGAUGGUGCGUCUAAUGAGGUACAAUAACUACAAGGAUGACCCUUUGUCUCGCUGUAAUGAAUGUGACCCGGUUCAGAAUGGUGAGAACACCAUCUCUGCCCGCUCUGACCUCAAUCCUGCCAAUGGCACAUAUCCAUUUGGGGCUCUGAGACAGCGUUCGCAUGGUGGAACUGACAUGAAGAUGACGAGUUAUGAAAUGGUGAAGAACUUUGAGAUGUUGGCAGUCAGUGGUCCAGCGUGGGAUCAGGUGCCUGUGUUUCAGUGGAGCACCUCACCAUACAGCAAACUCCUUCAUAUGGGUCAUCCAGACCGCUGGGACUUCCCCACCGUUCACGUCAAAUGGUCCACAUAGUCUGAUCACAGGUGCUCAUUGUGAAGCGUUUUGGGAUGUAUAAGAUUUAUAACUAAAGAGAAUGAAUUUGUGCUUCAUGCAGUCUGUGAUUUAAACAUGUACACAUUCCUCUGAGAUGUCUGUUUGUAUGUUUGAAAAUGAAAAUGUUCUGUUUACUUGUUUAUAGAUGGUGAUAUCUUCAGUUCAGUUCCUCUGUGUUUACAGGUUGAAUAUGUAAAAUGAUAGAGUAAAAGAGUGUUGCGAAGCUGUGUCUCUUAAGAUUUUGUUUUCUACACUUUAUAGAGAUAUAACGUGACACACAGAUUGGCCAUAGAUUUUUCUGAGUAGAAAAAUUUCAACCAAAAACAGAAGCGAUGCGUGCAUUAAACAGCACUGUACAAAGUCAUUGGCUACUCCUGAAAGGUGUGUAAUUCUUGUAAAGAGACUAUUGGUUGUCUGUACAGUUAAUUGAUUUACAAUUCAAUGCAAUAAGAUUUUAAAUAACAUCCACAAAAUGGUGGGUAAUGUUUCUAUAUUACGUGUGUUAAGAUGGAUGUUUGUGUUGCACAGAUGUGUUGAUCUUAAAGACAGAUGUGUGUUGUCAAUAAAGACUGAUUUGAGUUCAGUUUAGUGCUGUCAAACGAUUAAUUGCUUACAAAAUAAACUUUGUGUUUGUAUAAUA